GGCCCAGGUGGCGGCUCCGCUGUCGGGAGAGUGAAAAGAGGAAGGGGAAGCCGGAAGGGGUGGAAGUGGAGCCGGGAGGCAAAAGGCGCUUCGGGGGAAAAAGGCCAGGGGGCUGCGCGCGCACCCGCCUCUCGCUCGGCCGGCUGCGCCUCUGCCUCCGCGGCCAGGUGACAGCUGGGCCCGGCCUCCGCGUGCCGCCGCCCCUCCCCCCGGCCCUGCGGGUGCCGCCUGCGGGGCUCGAUGCCAGUCGGCCACGUCCGGGGCAGUUUUUGAGUCCCCGGCCCGGAUCGCGACUAUCCUUCCCUGCCCCAUCGCUGCUGCAGUCCCAGGAUGCAGAAUGUGAUCAACACGGUGAAGGGAAAGGCUCUGGAAGUGGCCGAGUACCUGACGCCGGUCCUCAAGGAAUCAAAAUUUAAGGAGACAGGUGUACUCACCCCAGAAGAGUUUGUGGCAGCUGGAGAUCACUUAGUCCACCACUGUCCAACGUGGCAAUGGGCUACAGGGGAAGAAUUGAAAGUGAAGGCAUAUCUACCAACAGGGAAACAAUUUUUGGUAACCAAAAAUGUUCCAUGCUACAAACGGUGUAAACAGAUGGAGUAUUCAGAUGAAUUGGAGGCCAUCAUUGAAGAGGAUGAUGGCGAUGGGGGAUGGGUAGACACAUAUCACAACACAGGCAUUACAGGAGUUAGUGAAGCAGUUAAGGAGAUUACCCUGGAAAGCAAGGAUAGUAUAAAACUCCAAGACUGCUCAACGCUAUGCGAAGAGGAAGAAGAGGAAGAUGAAGGGGAAGCUGCAGACAUGGAAGAAUAUGAAGAGAGUGGAUUGUUGGAAACAGAUGAGGCUACCCUGGACACAAGGAAAAUAGUGGAAGCUUGUAAAGCCAAAGCUGAUACUGGAGGGGAAGAUGCUAUUCUGCAAACGAGAACUUACGACCUGUACAUCACUUACGACAAAUAUUACCAGACACCACGGCUAUGGUUGUUCGGCUAUGAUGAGCAACGGCAGCCUUUAACAGUUGAGCACAUGUAUGAAGACAUCAGUCAAGAUCAUGUGAAGAAAACAGUGACCAUUGAAAACCAUCCUCAUCUUCCACCACCUCCUAUGUGUUCAGUUCACCCAUGCAGGCAUGCUGAAGUGAUGAAGAAAAUUAUUGAGACAGUUGCAGAAGGAGGGGGAGAGCUUGGCGUUCAUAUGUAUCUUCUAAUUUUUUUGAAAUUUGUACAAGCUGUCAUUCCAACAAUAGAAUAUGACUACACGAGACACUUCACGAUGUAGUGAAGAGGACAUAGGGUGUGUCCUAAUUACUGCUUCUGAUUUUUAAAGAAUUAAUACAUAGAUGUGACCAUUGACCAUAUUUACCAAUAGGUAUAAUUUCUCUAAUAAAAGGACUUAAUAUGUUUAUGCAUUAAAUAAAAACUGUUCCACUACCAGCCUUAUUUGUUUAAUAAAAAUGAGUGUUAAGAA